AUGGAACCUUGGAGCUUCCUGCCUGGCAGUGACAUGGAUCGAGGGCUUGCGGUGCGUGCUGCCGUUGCCCACGCUUUGCCCAACCACAGCGCAGGGCUAGGGGCGCAUGGCGUGGCACCCCUGCCCGCUGCCGCCGUCCGAUUCGAGCGAGGGCCCGCCUUUGCACAGGGCAUCUCCACCCCAACGUCUGCUAGCUCCAACCUCCUGCCCAGCCUGUUCUCGGUGUCGACGGUCCGACACGGGAGAAUUGGGGAUCAAUUUCCUCAAUCAAAGUCCAACAUGGCUGAAACCGACUGGCAGAUCCGGCCUAUACUCCAGCGCACCCCAUGCCCGCCGUGCCGUGCUCCGGCUCCUGCUGCGUGGCCUGUGGGCGCCCCAGCCCGAGACCAGCUCCCUCUGUCCAUAUAAAGGGGCGGCGAGGCUGCCUUGUCCGUCACACACACACACACACACACACACACACACAC